AAAAAACCCAGUAAAGAAAAAUCGAUAUUGGGAGAAAAGGGAAAAGAGAGAAGGAAAGAAGGAGUGGUGUGUAUGUGGCUCAGGGUGGGGGUGGGGGGCUUUGGAAAGGUCUGGGAGUCGAACAGGGAGAGUAUGGGAGAGUCCUGCCAGGGUAUGGGGUAGAGAGGGAGCUGUCUGCGGUCACUUGGACCCUUGCAUAGGAACUCAGCACCUGCUGCCAGUACCGACUCUUCUUUCCCCUGCUGUGUCCCCGCCAGAAGCAGCCUGAGCCUGUCCCCAGCGGUCUUCUCUCCCCAGCUCUGGGAACCUGCUGACCUAGACCCAUGGGAAGCUUGUGGGGGAAACCCAACUGUGGGGCCCUGGGAAGCCACUUUGCUGAAAGGUUGGCGACAUCUACUUAGAACACCGUGCAUGGCUAGGACCCGGUGUGUGGGUGGAUUCCACCCAGGAGUGACCCUCACUAGGGGUCUGACCUAGCCUUGUAGCCAGGGUGGGUUGAGCAGCAACCUGAACCCAAGGGGAGCCACGCUUGGGACCCUCCCUCAGGGCCAGGCUGAGACUGCGGGGCCAGCCUGACGCAGGGGAGGGGUGGCCGCUGGGCAGCGCGUGGACCUCGGGCUCUAAUCCCCAGCAGCUGCCGUUUCCCUCAGAUCGAUUCCCUUCUCACUUUUUUUUUUCAGCUGCUGGUUCCGCGGCUUGGAUCGAUGGAGCCGCCUCCCCCUCCCCUCUGAGCUUUCUCUCCCUGCUGCUCAUUAGCGCCCCGAUUAGUCAGCCCCCCCUUCCUCCCCAGGACAAGUGCUUCCUCCCCCCAUGAGGAUUCACACUUUCACACGCCCCUGGGGGGGGGGGGCACAAGUGGACUAUUCUUGCUACCUCCCAGCGGGAGGUCCCAAUGUAUCUGCCCCUGUGAACCAAGAGGGGCUUCUACCUCCUCCUGCGGUGAUGGUCCAUGGGUCUGAGUCCUCCUCCAAGGUAGCAGCCUGCAGGGUUCCCCUGCCUGGCUCUGCCAGGGGACAGGACAUCCUUGGCACUGAUUUCCUUAGUAUAUCAUUUCCAUGAAAGCCCCCCUCAUCUUCCCACUCCCUCUAAUAACCCCCAUGGGUUCUUCAUUUCCUUCUCCCCUGCCUUUGCGCUCUUUGCUCCCUUGUCUGGCACCCCCAGCUGCCCUCCUUUUCCCCAAGCCUGGUCAUAGCAAGGGAUUUGGAGCCUAUAAGGCUAGUAAAGUGGCCACAGAUGAGCAAGUCGGCCAGGGUGGCCUCUGCUCCAGUCACAAGAAUGGCUAGAAUUGGGACUGGGGACAAAGUCAGAGAAAGGGAGCCGGUGCCCCUCCUGGAACGGGUAGGGGUGUGGUGGGUGUUGGAAUCAGCAGCAAGGCUCUAGGGAAGGAGAGUCCCAGUGAAGCCACAGUUGUCUCUUAAUCUUGCUUGGCCAUCCCUUCCUUCCCUCCCUCAUUCAAACAAGUGGCUCUCUCAAGGAGUUUCUGGAAGCUGCUGUGAGUGGGGCAGUGAGAUCAGCUGAGGCUGGAGUCAGGGAAGCCAGGAGCUGGAGGACAGAGUUGGUUGACCCUUCGUGGGGUGUGGUCCAGAAAAAGUGGCAAGGAGUGGGCUGAGCCCUCUGAGCAUAGAUAGCAUCAUUCCCUGGAUGGCCUGAGACUGGACUCUCUGGGAGCCCCCACAAUGGACUAAGGUACAGCGAGAGUUUCAGAAGCACCCUCAAUACUGGGCUCUCCAUCCUGGGCUGGGGUAGGGCAGGGCGGGGGGUGGUUUUCCCUCCCUGGCCUGGCUCCUGCCUCCCGUGCCAGUGCCCGACGGUGAAACGCUGUUGACAUGUCCUGAAUUAUUAAGCACGGGGUGGGCUCCAGAGCACAUGCUGAGCGGAGCGGCUGGGGCUGCGCGGCGGCGUGGCGGAGCAACGCUUGCUCCCUCGCUCACUCGCUUGCUCGCAGGGACACACGCAGGGGCUGACAGCUGUGCUGGUGCUGAUAAGGGAAGCCACAAGGAGACGAUCGAGGAGAGAGACAAGCAAGCGGCAGCAGAGGCAGCAGCGGCAGAGGCAGCGCCGGGGCUGCGGAGCUGCUGGGAGUGGGAGUGACGCCCCCACCUCGGGCCCCCACCCUGUCCCCAUCCUCCUCCUGAUUGCCCUGAGUUUUAGAAGAGCAGCCGCUGCCGCCACCGCCACUCCGGAGGGCACCAGGGCUGCUGUCCAGGGAGGGACGGUAGCAGUGAGGCUCUGGCCAGUCCCAGCAGCCGGGGACAGAUGCCGAUCGAGAUUGUGUGCAAAAUCAAAUUUGCUGAGGAGGAUGCAAAACCCAAGGAGAAGGAGGCAGGGGAUGAGCAGAGCCUCCUGGGGGCUGCUCAGGGGCCAGCAGCCCCUCGGGACCUGGCCACCUUUGCCAGCACCAGCACUCUGCAUGGGCUGGGCCGGGCCUGUGCCCCAGGCCCCCAUGGACUGCGCAGAACCCUGUGGGCACUGGCCCUACUCACCUCACUGGCUGCCUUCCUAUACCAGGCAGCCAGCCUGGCCAGGGGCUACCUGACCCGGCCUCACCUGGUAGCUGUGGACCCUGCUGCCCCAGCCCCGGUGGCGGGCUUCCCGGCUGUCACCCUCUGCAACAUCAACCGAUUCCGGCAUUCGGCACUCAGCGAUGCUGAUAUCUUCCACCUGGCCAAUCUAACAGGGCUGCCCCCCAAAGACCGGGAUGGGCACCGUGCAGCUGGCCUUCGUUACCCAGAGCCUGACAUGGUAGACAUCCUCAACCGCACUGGCCACCAGCUUGCGGACAUGCUCAAGAGCUGCAACUUCAGUGGGCACCGCUGCUCCGCCAGCAACUUCUCCGUGGUCUACACUCGCUAUGGGAAGUGUUACACCUUCAAUGCAGAUCCUCAGAGCUCACUGCCCAGCCGGGCUGGUGGCAUGGGUAGUGGCCUGGAGAUCAUGCUAGACAUCCAGCAGGAGGAAUACCUACCCAUAUGGAGGGAGACAAAUGAGACGUCAUUUGAGGCUGGUAUCCGGGUGCAGAUCCACAGCCAGGAGGAGCCUCCCUACAUCCAUCAGCUGGGGUUCGGUGUGUCCCCAGGCUUCCAGACUUUUGUGUCUUGCCAGGAACAGCGGCUGACUUAUCUGCCCCAGCCUUGGGGCAACUGCCGGGCGGAGAGCGAGCUCAGGGAGCCUGAGCUUCAGGGCUACUCAGCCUAUAGUGUGUCUGCCUGCCGACUGCGGUGUGAGAAGGAGGCCGUGCUCCAGCGCUGCCACUGCCGGAUGGUGCACAUGCCAGGCAAUGAGACCAUCUGCCCGCCAAAUAUCUACAUUGAAUGUGCCGACCACACACUGGACUCCCUGGGCGGAGGCUCUGAGGGCCCAUGCUUCUGCCCCACCCCGUGCAACCUGACUCGCUAUGGCAAAGAGAUCUCCAUGGUCAAGAUCCCCAACAGGGGCUCUGCCAGGUACCUGGCGAGGAAGUACAACCGCAAUGAGACCUACAUCCGGGAGAACUUCCUAGUCCUGGAUGUCUUCUUCGAGGCCCUAACGUCUGAAGCCAUGGAACAGCGAGCAGCCUAUGGCCUGUCAGCCCUGCUGGGGGACCUUGGGGGACAGAUGGGCCUGUUCAUUGGGGCUAGCAUCCUCACCUUGCUGGAGAUCCUUGACUACAUCUAUGAGGUCUCCUGGGAUCGACUCAAGAGGGUGUGGCGACGGCCCAAGACCCCACUGCGGACAUCCACGGGGGGUAUCUCCACUUUGGGGCUACAGGAGCUGAAAGAACAGAGUCCCUGUCCAAGCCGGGGGCGUGCUGAGGGUGGAGGAGCUAGCAGCCUGCUUCCCAACCAUCACCACCCCCACGGGCCCCCAGGAAGCCUCUUUGAAGACUUUGCUUGCUAGGAUGGUGCUGUGUGGGGAAGUACCCAUGAGUCUGGGACUCUACCCACCCAGGCCCCCCCCACAUCUCCUGGUCCUGGGACAGAAGACCUGGGGCAGCCCAGGGCUAAGGGAAGGGGGUGGUGCUCACUGAGAGGCCAGGACUGGGGUCCUGCUCUCCCCGACCCAGGCUUGGCUGCCUUGCACAAGGGUCCUUCUUGUCCACACUCCCUGCUCCCAGGCGGGUGUCCAGGAAGGGCUGAAGACCAGACUAGAGGCCCCUGAGGAGGGGAGGGAGGAAGAGAAAGACAGGGGAGGUGGAACCCUGGCAGGGCCCCGCUGUACAUUUGUAUAUAUUUAGGGACUGGGUGGGGGUGGGACACAGACAUACAAGGGUGGGGCUGCAGGGGAGGGUGACACGGGAUAGUCAGGGUCCCAGCCCUAGAGGUAGAUGGCAACUCCUUGGGACCUAGGCAUGUUGGGCUGGUUCUACUUCCCUCUCUCCAGGCCCAGCUCCCCUCUUGGCAGGGGGAGUGGGUGGCCCAGCAGGCCUGGCCCAGCUCCCAGUCCCCCCUGUACCAGCCCCACCACAAGUUCCCUCCAUGAGGAGCGGGCGGAAGACCUUUCAGACCUCGGCCAAGCUUAGCGGGAGGGGGAGCGGCCUUCUCAGUCCUUGCUUCCUAAAGACUGGUUUUAUAAAGUGCAGGCGAAAUUGGGAAUAAAGAGUCACAAAGAA